UUGGUGUGAAAAUUUCGGCCCAAGCUUAGGCCCGAAACGUCCUAUUUUUUACGGCCAAAGCCCGACACAACCCAUGAUAUCGUAACCCUCUUUCAGCAGCCACAUUUCCUUCUCCCUUCACCAUAUUCAGCCGCUUCACUCUCUCUCCCAACUCGACCAGCAAAAUGGCUCCCGUUGUAAAAAAAGGUGCGAAGGCUGCAGUUGGAAAGAAGAAGACUGAGAAAACCACAAACCCUUUGUUUGAAAAGCGACCCAAGCAGUUUGGAAUUGGGGGUGCUCUUCCACCAAAGAAGGACCUCACCCGGUUUAUCAAAUGGCCAAAGGUUGUUCAACUUCAGAGGAAGAGAAGGAUUUUGAAGCAGCGUUUGAAGGUCCCCCCAGCUAUUAACCAGUUCACUAAGGCUCUUGACAAGAACCUUGCGUCAAACCUUUUCAAGUUGUUGCUCAAAUACAGACCUGAAGACAAGGCUGCUAAGAAGGAAAGGCUUUUGAAAGCCGCUCAGGCAGAAGCUGAAGGAAAGAAGCCAGAGAGCAAGAAACCAGUUGUUGUGAAAUAUGGUCUUAACCACAUCACUUACCUGAUUGAACAGGGAAAGGCUCAGAUGGUAGUGAUUGCCCAUGACGUCGAUCCAAUUGAGCUUGUAGUAUGGCUUCCUGCCUUGUGCCGUAAGAUGGAGGUUCCAUACUGUAUUGUGAAGGGAAAGGCUCGCCUUGGAACGGUUGUCCACAAGAAGACAGCUGCCGUUCUUUGUCUGACAUCUGUGAAGAACGAGGACAAAAUGGAGUUCAGCAGAAUCGUUGAAGCUGUCAAGGCUAACUUCAAUGACAAGUAUGAAGAGCACAGGAAGAAAUGGGGAGGUGGUAUUAUGGGUUCCAAAUCGCAGGCAAAAAUGAAGGCAAGAGAGAGAGUCAUAGCCAAGGAAGCUGCCCAGAGGUUGAAUUAGGGCAAAAACUCUUUUGUUGCAGAAUUAUUAUUAGCUUUCUUUUUGCUAAUCUACUUUUUGUUACAUUAUGAAUUCAGAAAUUGAUACUUUAGUUUGUUCCGUUCACAAAUAGUGUUUAUAAUCUCAAGAUCAUUAUUAUUAGUCCCAUUAAAA